ACCGGAGCUAGCAGUCCACAUUUCCGUGACUUUACCAGCGGACCGUGGCCCAGUCAAAACAAUGCAGCCGCGCUGGCCUGGUGCUGCAGCUGCACUUAGCUUUAAAUCUCCAACAAAUUGUUAACGUCUGUGCGCACUCAGCCCUCCGCCUGGUGCUUCACCUCGGCGGGGUCACGUCGCGUCACUGCUGCGGUGAUUUCUCCUUUAGUUGUGCGCAUUUAGGAGUUUUUUCGUGGGUGUUUCUCAUCGAGUUAACGGCGACGGCUGGAAAUGGAAACUGCUAACAGGCGUCUGCUGCUAGGUAGCCUGAGAGUAGUGGAGGGGAGCGGCUAAAAACAGCCUUUUUUUUCUUUCUUGUGAAAAAAGGGGAGUAUAAGCGAGUUAAACACGCUCCUGGUGGUUUUGCCUUUUAGCAUGGUGGAGUAGGAGGCUCCAGCGUUGAAGCUACCGGGCUCAUCCGACCUACCGACUCACAGCUCGCUCUCACCCCGGGGAGGCUCGUGAUGGCCCCGGGCUCGCUGGUGGCGGCCUGCCGCAGCCUGGCCCUCUCUACGUGGCUGCUCUCCUUCUGCUUCGUCCACCUGCUGUGCCUGGACUUCACCGUGGCCGAGCGGGAGGAGUGGUACACCGCCUUCGUCAACAUCACCUACGUGGACCCGGCCACCUCGGAGCUGCGCACCGAUAAGACGGAGUGCGGGCGAUAUGGCGAGCACUCUCCGAAGCGGGACGCCAAGGGGGUGUUGGUCCUACCCGCAGCACCGCUCGACCGCCAGGCCUGCGACCCCAACACCCGCUUUGCGGUGCCCGCUCAGGCCGGGGCCUGGGUGGCGCUGAUAGCCCGGGGCAACUGCACCUACAAGGACAAGAUCCGCCACGCUGCAGCCCACAACGCCUCUGCGGUGGUCAUCUUUAAUGUGGGCUCCACCAAUACUAACGACACCAUCACCAUGCCUCACCUAGGUGCGAGCGAGGUCGUCGCCAUCAUGAUCCCGGAGCCAAAAGGCCGCGAGAUCGUAUCGCUGUUGGAACGAAAUGUGACGGUCACCAUGACGAUCACCAUCGGGACAAGGAACCUGCAGAAGUACGUGAGCAGGACGUCGGUGGUGUUCGUAUCGAUCUCCUUCAUCGUGCUGAUGAUCAUCUCCCUCGCCUGGCUCGUCUUCUACUACAUCCAGAGGUUCAGAUACGCCAACGCGCGGGACCGGAACCAGCGGCGUCUUGGUGACGCAGCGAAGAAGGCCAUCAGUAAGCUGCAGCUUCGCACCAUCAGGAAGGGCGACCAGGAGACUGAGCCCGAUUUUGACAACUGUGCCGUCUGCAUCGAGGGCUAUAAGGCCAACGACGUGGUCCGCAUCCUGCCCUGCAGACAUUUGUUUCAUAAGAGCUGCGUAGAUCCGUGGCUGCUGGACCACCGCACAUGUCCCAUGUGCAAGAUGAACAUCCUGAAAGCUCUGGGCAUCGCUCUGAACGCAGACUGUCUGGACGACCUGCCUCUGGACUACGACCUGGACCUGGGCCGUGUAAGUGGGGUGGGCGGCGUUGGGGUUCUGGCCCUAGAGGCUGUGGUGUCCGGGGCAUCCAGCGACGGCACGCUGAGCGAGGGUGGCUCCUCUGUGGUGCUGGACCCCGGCGUGCGGCGGGUCGGGCUCCCACAGGACUACCAGGACCCUGACACCCUGAGGGACAGCCCUGUGACCGCCACCACGGACACCCACACAGGUGAGCUUCAGCCAAUGGCGAGCAGCGCCUCAGUGGCAUCAUUUGUCAUCGCUGUGGAAACGGGUCUGUCAGACGAGGAAGUGUCCUUGGAGCAACCUCAGUUGGUGGACAAGUCCUGAGAGCAGCACAGCACAACCUAACCAGAACCGGCCCAAACCAGGCUCUAAUCAGGUUCAGAUUAGAUAAAUAACAGACCUGACUGUUAUAUUAAAAAAAACAAAAUGAUGAAAAAGAAAAAAAUGUAUCUGAACCAAACCUGACUGCAUUCGACUGAGCAAAACCUGAGCUAGGCCUAGGAUCUGGUUCUGGUUUUCUCUGGUUCCAAGUGGAUGAUAAAACCCAGAUCCAGCACCAGGGUUCUUCUUGGCUCUUCUACAUGGAUACGUGAUACAAGAUUUUGCCAAACCAACUUGUCUGGACCAGACAUAUUGAAACUAAGUUAAGUGGGUCUUUUCCAGUGUGUUCACCUCAGUCCUUUCCUUGGUUCUUGAGUUAACCAGGUUUUUUUCUCCAGUGCAACUCAGUCUGCAGAUGUCUUGGUUAAAUCCAGUUCUGCCUCACUUUCUAAAAACAGUCAGACUCGCAUCUUGAUAUCCUUACGAACCUUUCGUUGACGCUGACAAGCUUCCGCAGUAUAGAUCGAGUCCUUCAUUUCAAGACUUUUUUUUGUCUCCUAACUUUGAGGACUUUCAAGCAGCAGUAGGCUGUAUUUCUGUAUGCAGUCCGUGAAUAUAGAUUAAGGUUUUGUUCGGUAACGUUUCUCUGGAUCUCCUGGAAUAUUCUCUUUUACCUGGUUUUCCCGAAUAGGGAAGCACAACAGCAAAAACCAAUCAUGAUGGACUGCUCGCUUCCUCUCCAGGUCCGCAUUAUUGGAAAACUCUGUUAAAUAAGCUUAUUUUAAUUUGCCUGCCAAAAGGCCAGGCAGGGCCUGUUUCUUGAUGUGCGUGUGUGUGUGUGAGUAUCUGCGGUGGAUGAUUUAAAUUUUGCAAAGGUGGACAUUUAUUUUGAAAGGACACAAGCUACUUUGAGCGGUGGCUUUCUUCAGUCUGUAGUUUAUGUAAAGAGGUAGCUUUGUCCUGAAAUAAUUACUACCACAGUUUGACUGCAGUAUUGAGAAGGAAUUACACGCAGUAUUGUUUUAUUUUAAUCCCCCCCCUCUUUUUCCCUGCCUGUGUUAUUCUAGGCUUUGUUAUCUUAACAAUACUCUGACAGUAUUUAGUUUGGAUACUUUCUGUCCACAGUUGGGUUUCCAAACAGGGUUCCUAUGUUUGUCUGCAAGAGCAAUGACAUUUAAACCACUUUUUUUCCCGUUUUUUUUGUUUGUAGAUUACAGGGCUCCACAGAAAAUUAGAGGAUUGAUAUGGUCUGGCGUUUCUGUACAAGAAGUGCAUAUGGAGGCAAUAAAUCCUGCACCUUGGGUAAUCGGGUCAAUAGACAUCCCGUAUCAAUCAUCUUUCGAAAUAUUUAAGACGCUUCCAAUGCUGAGCAGAAACAUUUCUGUCAAUCCUUUAUGUUGUGUUAACCCGAGAUAACCGUUUAAACCAUCUGCAUGGCCUACACGUGCAACUUUUAUUCUCAGCAAAACAAUCAAUGUGUGCACAUGUCAGCUCUGGUCUGUUCUGAUAAAGUGGACAGAAAGAAUGAAGAGGAGUCAGUUUAGUUCAGGCUGUAUUUUUGUCCACAUGUCAAAUUCCAUUUUCUUGAUACGAGUUAUGCAGAUAAUUGCAAUAAAUUAAUUAAGAGGGAUCCAGUCAGACCUUAGAAGCUGAAAACAAUUUCAGAAAAUGGGAUGAAAAUGUGACAUUUUUGAGAUUCAAACCCAUAAUCACAAAAUAAAAGUGCAAUAAAGAUAGCUGUCGAGUCCAUACUUCGGCCAGUGCCAGGUCAGAUAAUGUUUUUUUUUUUUUUCUUUUCGCAUAAGCCAUUUGGAAAAUUUCUAUCACCAAAGUGCACGAGAAGGGAAUAAGUUUAAAAACUCCAACGCUUGCAGUUGCUGUGCUAUGUUACUUUAACAUCGGAUGUUCGAGUUGGGAUCCAAGUUUAGAGUUGACCGCGCUGUAGUAGUCUGAAUGACAGGCUUAUUUUGUUCCCUAGCAAGGUAGAGUCAUUUGGCCAUAAACAGUGAAUUUGCAAUCUCCGACUUCCCUGAGGUGGUCUAACUGAGGUGUGAACUUGAGAUUUUCAUUUUCAGCUUCAGGUGGAACACAGCACGGGGCCGGUUUGUUGUGGUUUGUGGCCUCUGACGAACUCGUUGGUCUAAAACGGUUGUUGGAGAUUCCUACUUUUUGGAUCAACUCGAGCUAAGAGAAGUAUUUUGUUGCAAUUUUUGCACUGAUCAUUUGUGCAAUUAAUGUAGAACUGAUUUUAAUUAGGAACACGAUAUCAAAGUCUGCCCACCCUUUAAGGUACACAGUGGACACACUUCCCUUGUCAUUCUUCCGUCACGUUAACCUUAGCUAAGCAAACUUUCUGUGGCAGUCAUACAUCCAAAUGCCACGUAGGAACCCUGUCUAUAGCGUUGCCUUGUUUUGUUGUUUGACUGUCCAGCCGUCUGUCUGUCUGCCUGACCACACGCGUCUGUUACCAUGGCCUCAUGCUGCCUUUUUUUUUUUUUUUUAAAGACACAUUUACCUUUAAACCCUGACAAUCAAGGAUUGGGUCCUUUGCUUGCUAGUCAGGGAUCCUCUCUCUGAACCUUAGGAAACCUAAGAAGCGCUUUCAAAUCUGCAGUCAGCACACCACACGGUAGAGGUUAGAUACUAUUACUACUUCCACAGAUCAAGAAAUCCUCACCACCUCCUGUGAAUUAAAGUACCUGGGAUAGAGAAAUCCUUUUAGAGCUUUAGAGACAGAUUUGUGGAAACGCGUUUCAUCAGGAUGUGUUCGUCAGCUCGAAGCCGAACAUGUAAAUAAAUAAAGUGUAUAACACAAGUCCACUUUGCCACGUGGCAUCACUGUCAGUUUGUCAAAUUGGUACGCAGACUGUGUAGGGCUGCGGUCGCAUUGUGGUGUCGGUGGCACCACAAGGUUCCCGAAAAUGAGAAAGAUGAAAGAUUGUCGUCUAUUUUGAUACCAGAGGAGACAUUUAUUUUUGUAAAAAAGACUGAUUUCCUUCCCACUCUCCCGAGUCUACCUGUUGCCUGGAUGAUUCUCAAUGUGAUUGAGCAUUGACCAAUUAUUAAUGAUUAUUUGUAUAAUUGUACAUACACACAGUUUGCAAAGGACCGUGAUGCUAUGAGCCUAAACUGUUGUUGUUAUGCUUCUCUGUAAAAGGUUUUGGAUCUUGGGUUUUGUUUUUUGUUUUUUUCUUUCCUCUCUCCUCUUUGCUGUAACCUGAUGAAAAAUGAGAGAAAUGAGACCAAAGGGCAGACUGGAAAACCAGCGCUAUACUGGUCCACCAGGCAAACUGGAUCUUAUGAGAACUUCCAAUGCUCAAAUAAGAAGACAUAAUAAAUAUAAAUGUUGUGCAAUGAAAAAAUAAAAUAAAAUAUUCUCCUAACAAGGCUAAAUUUAAGUGUUGUGUUUACUGUUUACUUGUACUUUAAAACUAAUUAAAAGAAAAUGUAAUUUGGAGUUUUCUGAUGAACAGACUGAUAUUUGGACAUUCGAGCUGGUACAAAUUUGCAGGAAUCAAAGACACAAUGGUUGUGUUGCUGUCUUCAGUCCUCCCAGUGGCUUCUUUUUCUCUCAGAUUCUCAACGAAACCGAAUUUAUGUUGUGAAAUUCUCCGACUUUGCUUCCAAAACUUCACCUUUCCUGUGUCUUCAUGGUUCAGCUUCAAACCUGAGAAUUAGUCCACACUAAGAUCCACCAGUCACCAAGUAUCCUGUUAACAUUAGCUGACUGAAUCUAGAACGGUCGAGGGCUGAUAACACAUGAAGACGAUUGAUUUGUAUGCCUUGUCCUCCUGGCCUGUUUUCAGUGAGUAAUGUUUUAAUUAAAGUUGCUUUGUGUUAUAAGCUUGAACUGCGCAUCGACAUUUGCACUUUGAUCCUCUUCCUGUGUGACUGCUGCCAUACAGUGGAAGUGAACUGAACUCGAGCCUACUUUGAAUCAGCUUCUCUUCUUUUCUUCUUCUAGUAGAGACUGAUGCUGCUGUGGCGUGAUGUUCGCCCACAGAACAUAUAAUGGAGGAUAGACCUCAGGUUUCAUAAGGGGCUGUGGGGAAGGACUCAAGAUGGUCCAGAAUGAACGUGGUCCAAUGGAGCUACAACAAAAAAAAUUACAUUUUCUAGAAAAAAAAAGCUCUUUUUAUUUUCAAUAGAUACAGCAUAGGUUGGGUUUUUUUUUUUUUUUUAAUAUCUUUUAUGGGUGUCAGUUGUAAUGAAAUAACUUUAAAGCACCAUGAGCUGUUUUAAAACUUCCAAAAUUGAGAUUUUUAGGGAUGGAAGAGCAGCAGCAGAAUUUCUGGCAGCACCAUAUUAAUAGCCUCUUAAAGGCCCUGUCGUCAUGUACCCAAAUGUUUAGAGAAAUAUCUAUUCAUUUUAUGUAAAUGACAUUUUAGGUCAGAAAACUGAAACUUUUAUUAACUGAACUUUUAUUAAAUAAAUAAAUAAAUAAAAGCAGGAUUUCUGCUUUUAGGUGUUGAGAAGAAAAACUGAGACUUUGUCUUUUGGCAUCAUCAUGUACUUCUGAUUUCCUGUUUCGACGUCAGAUCGGCCAACCUUUUUAUAAAAUUCGGGUAAUAUCACCACAGGUUACUUUGGCAUGCUCUCGACAGCAGCUCGGCCUUUUCAUAGGAAGGAAAGUAUUUUUUUUAGAUUAAUAGAUUAAAAAAAUAAAUAACUGUGUAUGCAGACCCUUACAUUUUGUUUUUUCUUUUGCAUUAUCACUGGAGUCAAAGUAUUUUAAAUGAUACCCACCUUUCAUUUCCCAUUAAUACAUUAUUUCAAAUUAAGAAAUAUUUGGGAAAGUUAAGAUUUCUUGCUCACAUUAAAUUUAAUAUGAAUGCUUUAAUAAAGAUUAUUUCCUCAUUAAAAAUGAUGAAUUGAUUCAUCAACAGACAGGGAACAAAACCCACAAACAUCUGGAGCUUUGACCUUUCCUGCUGUUGAAGACAUGGACAGAAAAUUGCAACCCUCGUUUUGGACCUACGUUUUUAAUAAUAAUAAAUAAAUUUUGUAAUCAGCUUCAUGUAAUUGAAAUGAGAAUACAAAAGAAACAAUGUAAUCUCAAUAAACUUGCUUUUUGUGAUCACAAAGGUUUAAUUUAGAGGUAAUCAUCUAAACAUGGAAAUGUUGAACAUUAAUGUGAAAUGGUGAAGACUACAAACCAUAAAUGAGAUUAGGAGGCUGUGAUUCCACGAUACAAACCUUGUGAUUGGCAGUAAUUAUACGUAUGACACGGGGAAGAUGAGGUCCUUUAGAAGACUGAGGGGGGAAAAGGAGUUUUUCAAAAAUUCAAAGGGGGGACUGUUGUGUCACUGCCAGUAAUGACGUCUGAUUGGCUCUUUUGUUUAGGUAUUUUUCUUGUACGCUGUGAUUUGAUUGGUUGCCCAGUUUGUUUGUUUUUUUCCCCCCUUCUCGCCUUGCAUUUGUUUGGCUUCUUUACAGAAGUCUACUCCUUCUUCAA